CCCACAGGCCCGGCGAGGUCGAAGCGGAGCCUCCGGGGCCGCGGAGGAGCCUAGGAGCCCGACGAGCGGAACGCGGGCUCGGCAGAGGAUACAGAUUCUGGGACAGAUGGAGGACCAACUGAUGUCCGCACGUCACUUAUGGCUUGGACCAUGAUAACCAUGAAAAGUACCUGUCCACAAGGUUCUGCGCAGGCCCUGUCCAGCAAGUAACUGAGGCAAGAAGCACAGGAGCCUCGUUGAAUGGCUUAUAUUUGACAACAUGCACCACCAGUGGCUUCUGUUGGCCGCAUGCUUUUGGGUGAUUUUCAUGUUCAUGGUGGCCAGCAAGUUUAUCACCUUGACCUUUAAAGACCCAGAUGGGUACAGUGCCAAACAGGAGUUUUUGUUCCUAACAACUUUACCAGAAGCAGGGAAGUUGCCAGAAGAGAAGCACUUUCCUGAGGAGCUACAGACGACUGGGAAGAUGCUGCCAGAGAGCCAACUUGAUCAACCUCUGGUGUAUCUGGAGCGUCUGGAGCUCAUGAGAAAUGUGUGUAGGGAUGAGGCCCUGAAGAAUCUCUCACAUACUGCAGUGUCCAAGUUUGUCCUGGAUAGGAUAUUUGUCUGUGACAAGCACAAGAUUCUUUUCUGCCAGACUCCCAAAGUUGGCAACACCCAGUGGAAGAAAGUGCUGAUUGUCCUAAAUGGAGCAUUUCCUUCCAUUGAAGAGAUCCCCGAAAAUGUGGUUCAUGACCAUGAGAAGAAUGGCCUUCCUCGUCUGUCUUCCUACAGCAAAGCAGGAAUUCAGAAGCGGUUGAAAACAUACUUCAAGUUUCUUAUAGUAAGAGAUCCUUUUGAAAGACUGAUUUCUGCAUUUAAGGACAAGUUUGUUCACAAUCCCCGGUUUGAGCCAUGGUACAGGCAUGAUAUUGCUCCUGGCAUCAUCAGGAAAUACAGGAAGAACCGAACAGAAACCCGGGGGAUCCAAUUUGAAGAUUUUGUGCGCUACCUCGGUGAUCCAAACCACAGACGGCUAGACCUUCAGUUUGGGGACCACAUCAUCCACUGGGUGACGUAUGUAGAGCUUUGCGCACCCUGUGAGAUAAAGUACAGUGUGAUUGGACAUCAUGAGACUUUGGAGGAGGAUGCCCCAUAUAUCCUGAGGGAGGCCGGCAUAGACCACCUGGUGUCCUAUCCAACCAUCCCUCCAGGCAUUACCGUGUAUAACAAAACCAAGGUGGAACACUACUUCCUGGGCAUCAGCAAACGAGACAUUCGACGCUUAUAUGCACGUUUUGAAGGGGACUUUAAGCUGUUUGGGUAUCAGAAACCAGAUUUUUUGCUAAAUUAAUGCAUAGGACCUAUGAAUCUAGUUUGUUAAUCCAGGGGCUAACCAGGUGGAGAUCUGAGUACAGAAAUGACACUCCCUCUGUCACACCCCUCCUUAAGCCCCUCUAAGGUCUCCCGGGGUCCAGUGAGCAGAAGGUACUAGCUAGAUCCAGAUUGCUUAGCUUGGAUGUAAGGUGCCUUUUCCUCCGUGGAAGGGAGGGAAGACAGAUACAGUCAUGGUCAACUGGAUUUGAGAAGCAUAGCACAGCCUUAGUGCUGCUUCCCUCUGCUGUUACUGGCAUUGGCACUAAAGCUCUCCUGUCUGCCACGUGAUGGCGGGAAUGACACCUUGAAGAGGGUUAGAAAAGUUAAGGGACUGCCAAAGUCACCAAGGCCCAUGCAGGAUCCAUCUGAGUCACAAAAAGGACUCCUUGCCUUUUGUCUCUACUUUAACCAUGCAGGCAAAUCAGACUUCUGUGACCAUUGAGUUCUCGUGGUGUUUGCUGAUGACCGCAGAAUGGUUCCAGAGGUUCAUCAUUCCAGAACCCAUGCCUGGGCAAUGCUAGCCUAUGUUUCAGAAUCUUCCCACCACAUGCCUAUAUCAUGUAGCAUAGGACAUGGAAUUUUAGAAAGUAAGGGGAGUGUAAAUUCUACCCCAGGAGAACACCUUUAAUGUAACAUGGUAGCAGAAGUACUGGCAGGGCAGGGAGUGGAUUGAGUACCUCCAUUUUGACCCAUCUGUCCUGUCUUUGACCAUCCAAUCUGGAUGGUUCUCCACCUACUCCCUCAACAGCCUGCACUAUCCUCAGAAAAGAGACCAGACAAAUGGACCAACUAGGAGAAAACUGCACACAGACUAUCGGGCAAUAUGCCAGUAUACAGAACUCAGUGCUGCUUAUACAUUUUCACUUUCAUCUCAGCAGACCCAUUUCUGAUACUCCACCAUUCUGGACUGAAUGGCUAGAAGUUGGAUAACCAAGUUCACCAGCAAUAAAAUCCUAGGCCGAGGCAGCCUCCAAGAACAAGUCUUCCAGGCCCCAGUGAGAAUCAAGCCACAGUGACCAUUUCAGAUGCCCUCUAGCUGACAGUCAGUUUCCCUGAGUGAGUCCCUUGAUCUCACAUCUCCAUUGUUAACCAACCUAGCACUGCUAUGAAUGAGCCAGCUUUUUUUUUUUUUAAGGUAGCCUCAACCUUCCUAUUCCCAAAAAGGCUUCCUGAACUUAUGAAUAUGAAAGUCAAAAGAAAUUUACAAUAUGUGCCAAAUGUGACCUGUGUUACAGUCCCAGGGGAAAUGCUCGGGGGCCUUGUGUGACUCCUGAGGACUGGACAAGAACACAAUCAUGGACAGAAGAGAGGCUCACCUCUCCAUUCUCAACUGACAAACCAAGGGUGUAACACUGAGUUAUUUUUCUACACAGAGUUUUAGCAAAACCUUUUUAAAAAUCAUUUCAUACCUAAUGAGCUGAUUGUCUCUUUCCUCUUUGAAAAGUAACAGUGCAUAUUGUAUAUGAAUUUAAGGCCUUAAGGUUAGCCCUAAUUAAAAUGGCAUUUUCUCUCAGAAACAAAA